AUACUUUCUUUCCCUUUUUUAUUCUAUGAAGUUUGUUUCUGGGCAUUGUGUAUUCAGUUGCAUUUGUUUGGAGCAGAACUUCUAGAGAACUUCCCAACCAUGCUGUUUCUUACUCUGUCAUGUUCAUCUGUCAUGUCAAUUGUUGCUGUUGCUGUGAGGCUCGUGGUGUGCUUUUAGCAUCACCACCACCUACAGAGCAAGGAAGUCACUGUUAGGACUCAACCAAUGCAACAAGCAUCAGCUGCAUGUUUCAUUAAGUCCAAACUGUUUCAUUCUUUUUGGAAUUUAGAGCUUGGCCUGAUUGGUGUCUUUGAUCCUGAGAGAGUGUUCCUGGUGUGCUCUGCUAUGCUGUUGUCUCCCACCUGAAGCCCUCAUUGCCGUAGCUUAGAGGACUUGAAUCUAUUUGCUCCCCAAUCUUUACAAGAACCCCAAGAAUCUGUUGUUGCAAAGCAUGUAUGCAGAGAGGCGAGGAGAAUUAAGUUAUAUGGGGAAAGCCAAAAAAAAGAUCAUAAACUUUAACGAUGUGAAGGGAGGAACAUUGGGAGGGGUAGAAACAGUAGAGGAUCACUUCAUUUUGGAGGAGUUCUGUUAUUUCUUUUCACUGCCCUUCUCUCUUCUGUCUUGUUGCCAUCCUGUUCAUGAUUUUCGAAGUGUUUGGGGAGCUAUUACUAUUUUGUUACCCUUCUACUCCAAGAGAGAUGGAUAAAAUAGAACUUUGAAUUGAGAGUUACUGCUGCAGUCUGUUGCUAGUGCCUUUGUAGGAACUGCAUUGAAACUAGGGAAGAAAGGGAACACUUUGUUCUUACUAAGGCGAUGUAUUUCAGAAGCAACAGAACUGGCAGAAAGGAUUGUUUUUGAAAUGCUGAAAGUAAACAAAGUAAAGCUGGGAGCAGUUCUUGAAAGCAAACUUCUAUAACUAAGCAAUGUCCAAGAUGUUUGUGCGAAGAUGUGAAUAAACUUCAGAUAGUUACACAGCUUUGUUUUCCAACUUGCACUGAUAUUUAGUAUACAGAAAGCUUCUCCUGAGGUAGAAUGGGUUAAAAGAGACAGCUAACAGUAAAAUUGUAUCUUUACUUUUUUGCCUGGAUCAGUGGUUGAAUACAAGCAUUAGUUGUGCUUUUCCUAACACCUUUUCAGAACCCUAUGGAAAUAGUAUUCAUGCAGGUGUGAUUUGAUAUAGGUUAAAAACUUGCAGUUCAAUUGCAGUAUUUCUCUUCAACGUUUGUCUUUCAGAGAAGGAAUCUUUAUUAGUUUGUAGAUUUUGUGAUGCACUUGUCAUGAACUUGCCUGCUGUUGUUGCGUCACUCAUUCUGGAGGCUAACAUCAAGGUGUUGCUCAAGUUGAUGCACAGCAGUGGUGCUUUUUUUUUUCUUCAGCAGCAAAACUGCUGCCUCAGUUUACUCUGAGGAAGCUGCUAAUGUGGCUCUUAGGCUAAAGCACUCCUCCCCUCUUCAUUUUGCAAGGAAGUUUAAGUACGCAUGUCCUGUGGAUGUCGGAAUUGAAUAAUGGUUCUGACCAGCCAGUCUUGAUGUGUGCAAUCUUUCUCCUCCGAUAAAAGGAACCUUUGAAAAUUCAGACUUGCAACACUGGGUUGCACUUGUAGAAACAGGAAGCAGGCACUUAAAGCUUUGUCCCAGAUCUUCAUUGCUCCUUGUGACUCUGAUCUCUUCCUUUUUCAGCUGCUUUCUUAAUUUCUGUCUUGGAAGCCAAAAGUAGCUUCAUGCUUUUCUCCUAAGAGUUGAGUCAUUUAUCAGCUUCUCCUUUGCCAAGUAUCUGUAAUGGAAUCCACUACAUUUUCUUCUGCCUGAGGCUGUUUAUUGUAUUGUCCACUUGCUUUUUGCCUUUGUCUCACUCCUCAUGAUUCCUUAUUCUGUGUUGAACAGUGUCUACAGUUAAUUGUGGCUGUUACAAACAUCUUGAGGACUGUGACUUUCAAGUGCCCCAGGUCCUGUCAUGGUAUCAUUCCUGAAAUUUGGAGAGCGACCUCAACCGAAACGGCUCACCAGGGAAGCAAUGCGAAAUUACCUUAAGGAGCGAGGUGAUCAAACAGUACUAAUACUCCAUGCAAAAGUUGCGCAGAAAUCAUAUGGAAAUGAAAAAAGGUUCUUUUGUCCCCCUCCUUGUGUAUAUCUUAUGGGCAGUGGAUGGAAGAAAAAAAAAGAGCAAAUGGAACGGGAUGGUUGCACUGAGCAAGAAUCACAACCUUGCGCCUUCAUUGGAAUAGGAAACAGUGACCAAGAAAUGCAGCAGCUGAACUUGGAGGGAAAGAAUUAUUGCACUGCCAAAACGUUAUACAUAUCAGAUUCAGACAAGAGAAAGCACUUCAUGCUAUCAGUAAAGAUGUUCUAUGGCAAUAGUGAUGACAUCGGUGUGUUCCUCAGUAAACGAAUCAAAGUCAUCUCCAAGCCUUCUAAAAAGAAGCAGUCACUGAAAAAUGCAGACUUAUGUAUUGCAUCAGGGACAAAAGUGGCACUAUUUAAUAGACUUCGAUCCCAAACAGUUAGCACCAGAUAUUUGCACGUAGAAGGCGGUAAUUUCCAUGCCAGUUCACAACAGUGGGGAGCAUUUUACAUUCACCUCUUGGAUGAUGAUGAAUCGGAAGGAGAAGAAUUCACAGUGAGAGAUGGCUACAUCCAUUAUGGGCAGACUGUCAAACUUGUAUGCUCUGUUACUGGCAUGGCACUCCCAAGACUGAUAAUUCGAAAAGUAGAUAAGCAAACGGCAUUAUUGGAUGCAGAUGAUCCAGUAUCGCAGCUCCAUAAAUGUGCAUUUUACCUUAAAGACACUGAGAGAAUGUAUUUGUGCCUUUCCCAGGAGAGAAUAAUCCAAUUUCAAGCCACUCCAUGCCCAAAAGAACCAAAUAAAGAAAUGAUUAAUGAUGGAGCUUCUUGGACAAUCAUUAGCACAGAUAAAGCAGAGUACACAUUUUAUGAGGGGAUGGGACCGGUCCAUGCUCCAGUGACACCUGUGCCUGUUGUAGAAAGUCUUCAAUUGAAUGGUGGCGGGGAUGUAGCAAUGUUGGAACUUACAGGACAGAAUUUCACUCCAAAUUUACGUGUCUGGUUUGGGGAUGUGGAAGCCGAAACCAUGUACAGAUGUGCGGAGAGCAUGCUGUGUGUUGUUCCAGAUAUUUCUGCAUUUCGAGAGGGUUGGAGGUGGGUCCGUCAGCCAGUCCAAGUUCCAGUAACUUUGGUCCGUAACGAUGGCAUAAUUUACUCCACCAGCCUUACCUUUACAUACACGCCGGAACCAGGGCCACGACCACACUGCAGUGCUGCUGGAGCAAUCCUCAGAGCCAACUCAAGCCUCAUGGCUUCCAGUGAAACAAAUGCAAACAGCGAGGGAAGUUACACAAAUGUCAGCACAAAUCCAACCAACGUCACAUCAUCUACAGCAACUGUAGUUUCCUAACUACCGUUGUUUGUUUGGACUUUAACUGACUUUUAAGUGCUACAUUCAAGAGAACUGAACAAUUUUUGUGGUUUCAUGGGAAAAUACCUUUCCAUUUUAGGUGAUAUUAUUUUGAACCUGGUUACCUGCAAGUGCUAAUCUUAAAUAUAGAAGCCACAAUAAAAAAAAAAAAAAACAUCCAAACCAUAAGAACUUUAUUGAAAAUCUAUUUUUCAGCUGUUUUUUUAAUGGGCAAGAAAUAAAAAUGUGGCUGGGAUACAUGUUCAGCAAACUAGAAAACAUGAACGCAACAUAGUUUUUAUGGACCAAGGAACUUGUAUAAGCUUUAGUAUAAAAGGUACAUUUUCACCAUACCUUUUUUGUAUCACAACAUAUAGUACACUUUUGUUACCAAAUAGUUUAUAUUUUUUUUUCUCUGAGCUUUUGCUCUGAAGUAUAUUCAGGUUCCAAGCCUGACCAUGCUUGUAUAAUCUAAUUACCAUACUCUUCCAGUUUUAAAAAAAAAAAGUAUAUAUAUUUUUGGUCUGUGGCUGGAACUGUUCCUUUUUUUAAACUGAAGUCUUGUGACUUUUUAUGAACUGAAAUUGUUUUUAUUUCAGCAAGUAGAACCUUGUAAAGGCCAGCAUAUUUUUUUUAAGAUUAUAUGAAGUCUGUGCAAAAGCUUUAAAAAAUGCCUCUGCCUUGCCUGCAAUACAUGCAAUGUAUGUUAACUUUAGUGCUCUGUUUUCAGUCAUUGUUAAUAGUUAUUUCUGUUUUCCUUUUUUUUAAAAUAUAUAUUUAUAGUGAUAAUUCAUGAGGUUCUAACAUUACAUGAGUUUCGUUUUUUUUAAAGGUGACAUCUCAAGCAGUCAUAUUAAUGAUUGUUCAUGUCACAGGCAAACGUUGGUGUUUUUGAAGGGUUGUUACUGGGUUACUCUCCCUCUUCCUUUCGCAGUCAUAUAGCAUCUGAAAAUGUUUCAGAAUCUGUUCAGGUUUUUCUAUUCUUGUACAUAAUUUGUAUUAAGUGUAAGUUAAAUGUUUUAUUUCAAAAGUGGAAUGUUCCCAAUAACUUCAUUUGGCAGCAUGUCUUCUGUCUUGUUGGCAUGUAACUAAAAUAUCAUGAGAAGUAUAUGCUACAAAUGGGAUUGGUAGGUGAUGCCCUUCAUUGCUAAGAAUCACAAAAAGCAUGUUUGUCUUCAUACUGUUUGGUAAACUAGGCCAGACUUGAGUGUAACACUUGUCUUGAGAACGUGCUUUCAUUGUGAAGUGAUCGUACCAUAAUAACUGAAGUAAAUUUUAUUACUUAGGAAUGGGCAAGUAGAAAAUCAUAAAAGCACUAUGAAGAUGUCAGCUCCUCCCAUCCUUAUUUCCUAUGGGUUUCUCUUUCCCUGCCAACAGCUUGUGCAACAUUCAAGUCUUCUCUCCAUCAUAAAUUUAAGGCUCAUUUGCACUUUGACUUUGUUGGUUGUUGUGUUUGUUUUUCAUUUUGACUUUGCUGUGUUUUAGCUCUCCUUGCGGACCUGCCUGCUUCAUCUGUAAUUGAAAAUAUAUCCCACUAGUUCAUUCAUAGUCACAGAACUAGACAUAGACUCUUAGGACAAGUUCUGAUAGUGUGAUCUUGAAAAGCCAAAAUAUGAAUUUUAUGGUGUGUUCAGCCUUUUUUAUUCCUUGAAGCAUGAGCCACAACUGCUGUGUAAAUGUGAACCUGUGGCUUCCUACACUGCGUUGCUUUCAGGCUUACCUGUUGACCAUUUUCAUAGGGUUUUUAUUUCUGACCACUUACUCCAGUUCCAACACCCGCACCGUAUUUGUGUACUCUGACGCUCCAUUUUACUUGUUUGUUUUAGUACUCCAUUGUACAUGUGAGAACAAUGCGGUUAAAAGAGGAAAUUGGUUAUAAAACAUAUUUAGCUAAUAGUUAAAACAGUGCCACUGUCCUUCUGAAAUGUGCUUGUAUCCUACCACAGGCCUUCAUAUUUGCUCUGCUGUAUUAUGAAACAGACUCCCAUGACAUAGUCACAAUGCUGGUCCUUAGCACUAGUGGAUACUGCCUCACCUCAUCUCUGUUUCAGUGACCAAGGGCAGAAUUCAUUGUGGCCUUAUCUCUGUUUUAAACUGUUUACUGGCAUUUACUUGCAGACCUGUUUACUUGUGUAUAUGCUAUAAAACUUCAUGUUAAUCUUGUCGUGGCAGGAAUCAUUUCACAGUGUUUUUGUUCGAAGCACAUAAGUAUCUUACAGUACUGUUUAAUUCAGAAGCCACAGAUUUUCAUCACUAAUUAGACUGAGAAUUAAAGUAAGUGAGACAUAUAUUGAAUUUAGAAGGAUGUUCAAGAACAAACCAUGAUAUACACACAAUAGACAAACCGUGACAAGACUUGCAUCCUUCAAAGGAUACUUUAAAUAGCAUUUCAGAACUUGACACCUGCUUUUAUACUCAUUAUUUUAAAAUUUUUACAUGUAAAUGCAAUACUUUUUAUAUUCAGUUUAUUUGCAAUAAUUUUGCCCAGUAGAUAUAUUAUAUUCCUUGACUUGUAAAGAACCUAACGACCUAGCCUUAUUUCUGCUGUUCUACACACUACAGCCGUCUGGGUGAAAAACAGAUUACUAAGUUGUUCUUACAAGACCAUUUAAAACCCCGUUUACCCUUUGGGCUCCUGGCGCCAUUUUUGCCAGUAAUUACUCUGUAGUACAGGAAUGGUCUUCCAAGUCCUUACUGUUGUUCAGAUGUCCAGUUGUUCAGAUGUAUUAUCUUCCUGAACUUUUUCCUGUGGGGUGUUACUGUUACGUUUAUUGGCCUUGUGAGCUGUUAACCAAUUUUCAUGAUAUUAACAAUAUCUCAACAUUUUGAUGAAAACUACUUUUAGAAUGUUUCAGUAUGAAACAAUUAUAAUUGUUCAAGUCUAGCUGUUAAGUCUGCUGUUAAUUCUGUAUACAUAGAAACUGAGUCUGUGUUCAGAAUGUUGUUAUAGUUCCAACUGUAGGAUGAAAAAGCAAAUAAUGUGCUCAGAUUUAGCUCUGCCUUUUCUUGUUUUCUUUAGAUUGGAACUGCAUUUCAGAAUUCAACACUAGCGUAGUCUUUAAUAACCUGCUGCUGCUGUUUUUCUAAUUAUUUGCCCUGAGGGCAUCCCACAAUUGUGUUAGUAAUUAUAUUCUGUACUUCUUUUCGUUGCACAGUCUUGUAAGAUCGGAAUGGUUACCUGAAAAGACACGAACUCAAGUUGUAAAUCUCUGAAUUCCCGUAUAAAAAAUAUUAAUGCCAAGUGAAACAAAAUAUCUGUUGGAAGUAAACUACCCACUUGUAGAUUAAAUGACUCCAUAGAGGUGUCCGUCUUGAAACUAGAUGCUCUUCAAUUAUUAACCAUAUUAUUUACUUUAUUUCAAAAGCAGCUGUGUUUAUGAGUACUGAACAAAUGUGUAACUUGCCUGUGCCAGACUUUUGACUUUGUUUUCAAGCACUGUACUGUGGGAUUGAGUGGCAGCUUUGUUAGAAGAAGUAUAUUAGGGUUUCUACUUAACCCUUUUAAGACUGAACAAUGUCUUUCCUUUAGAGGUUAUAAAAGAGGAGUUCUAACUUUGUAAAUGUUCUAUGUUCAACAUUGCAUUUGCCCCAUAUGGAGGUGCUAUGCUAAUACCAUUAAAAAAAUAAUAAUUCUGUAGCGUGUAUAUACAUUCAGUCUUAAAAGGGUUAUUUUUACAAACUGUGCACCUGUAAAGUUUCUUAGCAAUAAGGUAGAAAAAAUGAGCAAGUUUUUACCAUAAUUUUGUAGAGUUAACUGCUCAGUUCCAUAUUUCAUCAAGAAAAAACCCUGCAAUAUGGGCAGUUUUGAGGAUUAAAUAAAAGUGAAAUGUAAACCACGUAAGUGUUUUGUCAAGUGUACUGUGUGUGUAUAUGUGCAUAUAAUAUCAGGCUGCAUUUCUUCUACAAGGCUAAAGAUAAAAUGCCAUGUUACUAUUGAUGUGACAAACUUAAUUGAACAUCUGUACGAUGAUUCCGUAAAAGUAGUUAUGACUUGAUCACCUGGUGAACCUUGCCAUGUUUUUAUGGGCCUUUCUCAAUUUUAACUAAGGAGUACACUUGUUUCGGGGUUUCUUGUUGCAAAUGAACAGUGAGGUCAUCUGUGGAACCAGAGCAACGCAAAGGAAGACCAAGCCCAGGAGUGGAAAAGUCAUCAGUAGUUGUGAGGCUAUGCACACUGGACUCCACUUAAACGGGAUAUGGAAUGUCCACCCAAAAAGCUGGCUUCCAGAUCUAAAUCUGUUUUGUUAUGGCUUGUACAAUUGCUGGAGUUAGAUAAGAAACUGUUUUUUUUCCAAUAAUGUAACAAAACAACAAAAAAAGUUCACUUUUUAUAUUAUUUAUUAAAUAAGAAAAAAAGAA